CGAAACAACGCAUUUGCUUCACUUGCCAGCUGUAAGUGGCUAUUGUAAUCUCGCGAUAUUUUCUUCCUAGAGACAAGAAUGUUUACACUGGAUACAGGAACCAACUCUUGCAUUAAAAACUGAUGUUUUGGGGAAUUUCAGUUGCAUGGUCUUCACCCGUUUCCUGAGGGCGAGGCUGGCCGGGUGAAUGGCUCAUCAAUCAGACGAUGGGAACAGUGACUUCAUGGAGAGUUAUGAACCCGCACCGCCUGCGUGGUAUCUGCUGAAGGAGCAUAUCCCAGAGUCUGAACUUCCAGAGAUCAGGGGCAUUAUUGGGGGCCCAUUGAUUGACAUGUGGUUAGACACUCACUCCGAGGUGGAGAUGUUGGUGCAGAUCUGGAAGGACGUGUGUCGUACGCGGGGCGGCAGGGCCGAGCCCCCCCGCCCCGCCCUGGCCGACUCCCCCGUCGUGAAGGACCUGCUGAGGGCGGAGAUUCGGCUUCUGUUGCUCUCGCUGCAGGAGAAGGCAGCCGAAGAGGGCAGGGAUGAAGACGCAGUCAUGUGCUGCUACAGCCCCGCUGUGGUCAGCUACGCGAUGAGCAGCAGUGAUCAGCGCAGCCGGGCACAGAGCGCAGGCAUCCGCCCGGACCCGCAGGAAGCUCCCAGCAGGCCGCAGUCUGCCAAGAGCCUACAGGAAGUGAGAUCCAGUUCCAGGCUCUCGGCCAGCUCCAACGGCGAGGACCGCAUCGACGCCGUAAAGGACCAGCUGAACCUCAAGGACAUCCACAAGGUCGUGGCCCACCUGCAGUCUGUCCUGACUGAAGAUCUGGAAGCUAUGAUGACGGAAAUUCAAUUUCUGCAGGAGUGUGUGGAGGAGAAGCACCAGGCCCACUGUCAGAGCCUGACCCAGGAUCCCACUGUGUCAGAGCUGAAAGAGGAGAGGAAGCUGAUUCAGAAGGACCUGAAGCUGGAGGAGGCCGCGUGUCGUCCUUGGCCUGCCCGCGGGGGGUCCGCAGAUUACGGCCUCCAGGGGGGACACAGGUCGGCCGGACAACUGUGUGACUCUUCAGCCAGUGCUGGGCAGUCGCCUUCACCGAUCUUUUCCAAAGCCAAGCCUCCACUCGCUCGACCACCCCGACUUCCGGUUGAGCCAUCUCUCCGUGCAACCACACGCCCGCCCGCCCGUGUCCUCGACAGCUCACGCCACACCCAGGAGUCCUCCUAUCGCCGUGGCGACGAGCUGCAGCGGUGCGGCGGCGCCAGGGAGCAGGGCUCCGUACCGGAGGAACGCCCGCCGCAUCCCGCUAACUCGGCCGGCUCUCACCCGGACCGCAGCCCGGGCCCUGACCCCAGAGGCAGCGGCCCCACUGUCGGCUCCCACGCGCAGGAGGAGCGGGAGCCCAAUUCCAGCCCCGGCCUGUCGAGAUACAGCCCCUCCGGGAGCCAUUUUCCCACCGGCGUCCUGCACCCCCGCCCCCCUGCGCAGAGACAGACCCGCGGUGAUGACACGGCCACCCUGUCGCCCGUCGGCGUGCUCGUACCGGCUCCGCCCGCGAUGCAGAAACCGGCCACCAGAGGGCAGUCUGUCACCAGACGCCUCCGCCUGCCGCAAGGUGGCCUGGUCAGCCCCACCUGAGCACAGGCUGUGGAGGCGGGCGAGAGACUGCAUGAAACACCAAAGGGGUGGAGCUUACGUGGCAGCACUGACAUUCUGACCAAUCAAAAGGCAUUACCCUGCAGCACACACUGACUGACAGCAGCGAGACACCAAUAGGCUGCUCUAGCCUCAUUCUCCUACCUUCACAGGAUUCCUUUGUUCAGUUUCACGUUAUCCUUAUGCUGUACCUUUACUGCAGGCUUAUGGCGAGGCUGACUUCCCAAAGCACUCAUAAGGGAUGCUGGGAUUUGUAGUUCUGGAUGACAAGGAGCCAGAGGGAUGCUCAUGUGUCACAUCAUUGACAGCUGGGCAGUGUGUGAGUUUAUACAGUCAACCUGAAAAGCAAUAUGUCUAAAACUGUCUUGUGGCGUGUGAAGUUUUAAAAACCGAUUAAAAAUCUCUGCUUUCUG